AUGAGGAUUUAUCUGAUUAUUCUCCUCGUGGUGGUUUCUUUAUUCUCCUCCUCCGCCUUCUCAGACGAUUCGAUUCUCGAGUACCCAUCCGAAAUCGAGAGCAUGCACAAGAAAGCUGCCGAAGAAGAUGUCGAUUUGCAUUGCACGACCUGGAGAUUCGCGGCGGAGAUGAACAAUCUCGCCCCGUGGAAAACGAUUCCGGUUGAGUGUGCCGAUUACGUUAAGAACUACGUCAUGGGUAAAGGCUACGCCACCGAUCUGGAGAGAGUCUCUGAGGAAGCUUUCAUCUUUGCCAACAGCGUCGAGUUCUCCGGCGACGGCAAAGAUAUUUGGGUUUUCGAUAUCGAUGAGACUCUUUUGUCUAAUCUUCCAUACUACAUUGACCAUGGCUUUGGGUUGGAGCUUUUUGAUCACUCGGAGUUUGAUAAAUGGGUAGAGAGAGGAGUGGCACCGGCUAUAGCACCAAGCUUGAAGCUUUACCAAAGAGUGGUUGAUUUGGGGUACAAAGUUUUCUUGCUUACAGGGAGGAAAGAGAGUCACAGGCUUGUUACUGUUGAAAACCUCAUCAAUGCUGGUUUCCAGAACUGGGACAAGCUUAUCCUCAGAUCUCCAGAGGAACAGCACAAAAUGGCGACACUAUACAAAUCUGAGAAGAGAGAUGAGAUGGUGAAAGAGGGAUACAGGAUUAGAGGCAAUUCAGGUGAUCAAUGGAGUGAUUUGUUGGGUACCUCCAUGUCUCAACGAUCCUUCAAACUUGCUAAUCCAAUGUAUUAUAUACCCUGAAGAGUGUGUGAAGACAAGAGAGCUUUAUUUGACAACACCUAUAUAAAACGUUUCGAAAAAUUGUAUAGAAUUAUUAGAGCAAUCAAAGUGUUUUUAAAGUUGGAUUGCUUUCGCUUGUAACUUGACAAGCAUUUAAAUGUACUAAUGACAGAGAAUGCUCUGUUUUAUUAACUUGUCUCCGUGAAAAUAAGAAGAUACAUUGAUCAUA